GUCUAGUAGGAAGUGGGUGGUUGUGUUGGAGAUGCUGAGGAUGGAGAGAAGAAGCCUUCAGUCACAGAGGAACACAAUGAACUGCACGUGAGAGGACACAUGUUUGGUGCAGGAACGGUGCUUUCGUGUGCAUCCAGCUGAGCGGCGCUAGGACGAGAAGCAGCACGCCCACAAUGGUGUCGCCUUUAUGUGCAUCGGAAAGAUGUUCCGUUCAUCGGGUGUGAUCAUGCAUGCACGGAACUCUGUACACCAUUUCAGCCGCGGACUUGCAUAUGGAGGGAUAACACACCAUUUCAGCCGCGGACUGGCAUAUGGAGGGAUAUAUUAGUUUUCCCGAAGACUGACAACAAUUAGGUCGCUUCCAGUGUUUUCAUUCUCGGGACUUUAGCUAGCACGCGCACCCCUAGCACCUCCCAGCAUGGGGUCCGGCACUAGAGGGGCACUUCCACGCUGUUUACGUUAGAUUGAUAGUUUUUCUUUUGAACACGUCACUCAAGAGGAUAUUUUUCAUCGUCAUAUCCACACCAUUGCUGCUAAAUGAUGUCAAUUCAGCGAUGAAGCGCUUCGAUUUUUAGUCAAUUGCUGCUCGUGCUGGGCGGAAGUCACGUGACAGUGGCUUACUCUGCGACGUCACUUAAAAAAAAAAAAAAAAGCUAAACUGCAAGGGGCUGAGCCACUCUCCAGGAGUAUUACCAUGGAUGACUCUGGCAUCAUUCGAAGACGCAGGCUCCAGAAGGAUCUUCCACUGCCACGGAAAAGUAGCAGUUGCAGAACAAGUAACAGGAAAAGCCUCAUCCUGACCAGCACGUCCCCCACCCUGCCGAGGCCGCACUCUCCACUGCCUGGACACAUAGGAAGCAGCCCAUUGGAUAGCCCCCGCAACUUCUCACCAAGUGGACCAGCCCACUUCUCCUUCGCCUCUUCUAGAAGGCCUGAUGGUCGUAGAUGGUCCCUGGCUUCUCUUCCUUCCUCGGGAUAUGGCACCAAUACACCGAGUUCGACGUCCUCCAGCUCAUCACAGGAGCGUCUGCACCAGCUGCCCUUCCAGCCCACCAUGGACGAGCUGCACUUCCUCUCCAAGCACUUUGGCAGCACAGAGAGCAUCACGGACGACGACGGGGGCCGCCGAUCGCCGCAUGUCCGUCCUCGCUCUCGGAGCCUCAGCCCGGGGCGCUCGCCCUCCUGCUACGACAAUGAAAUAGUGAUGAUGAACCAUGUGUACAAGGAGCGCUUUCCCAAGGCCACAGCUCAGAUGGAGGAGAGGCUAGCAGAGUUCAGCCACAACUACUCCCCAGAGAGCGUUCUGCCGCUGGCCGACGGUGUCCUCAGCUUCAUCCAUCACCAGAUAGCCGAGCUGUCCCGAGAUUGCCUGACCAAAUCCAAAGAGGGUCUCAUCAGCAGUGUUUACUUCUGUGAACUUCAGGAGAACUUGGAGAAACUUCUUCAUGAUGCAUACGAGCGCUCAGAGAGCUCCGAACUGACCUUCGUCAUUGAGCUGGUCAAGAAGCUCUUCAUCAUCAUAUCUCGUCCAGCCAGACUGCUGGAGUGCUUGGAAUUUAAUCCGGAAGAGUUCUACCACCUGUUGGAGGCAGCAGAGGACCACGCCAAGGAGGGCCAGCUGAUGAAGGCAGACAUCCCUCGCUACAUCAUCAGCCAGUUGGGGCUCACCAGGGACCCCCUAGAAGAUAUUGCAAGCCUGGACAGCUAUGACAGUGAAGGUCCACACACGCCAGAGACGGAUGACUCAACAGAGGGUAAGGGAAGAGCCAUCAAACCACCAAGCGAGGAAGACUUUCAGAGCAUCAAACUGAUCAGCAAUGGAGCUUAUGGGGCCGUCUACCUGGUGCGUCACAGGGAGACUCGACAGCGCUUUGCCAUGAAGAAAAUCAACAAACAAAAUCUGAUUUUGAGAAACCAAAUCCAGCAGGCCUUUGUUGAGAGAGACAUCCUCACUUUUGCGGAGAACCCCUUUGUGGUCUCCAUGUUCUGUUCAUUUGAAACACGAAGACAUCUGUGCAUGGUGUUGGAGUACGUUGAGGGUGGUGACUGUGCCACCUUGUUGAAGAACAUAGGGGCUCUUCCUGUGGAGCUGGCCAGGAUGUACUUUGCAGAGACUGUUCUAGCUCUGGAGUACCUGCACAACUAUGGUAUCGUCCACAGAGACCUCAAGCCAGACAAUCUAUUGAUCACCUCCAUGGGCCACAUUAAGCUAACAGACUUUGGCUUGUCUAAAAUGGGCCUGAUGAGCCUCACCACCAAUCUGUAUGAAGGACACAUCGAGAAAGACGCCAGGGAGUUCCUGGAUAAGCAGGUGUGUGGUACACCCGAGUAUAUCGCCCCCGAGGUGAUUCUUCGUCAGGGCUAUGGGAAGCCUGUGGAUUGGUGGGCGAUGGGUAUCAUUCUUUACGAGUUCCUGGUGGGCUGCGUGCCUUUCUUUGGAGACACUCCUGAGGAGCUGUUUGGACAGGUCAUCACAGAUGAUAUAGUUUGGCCUGAUGGUGAUGACGCCUUACCUGCAGACGCCCAGGCCCUCAUCUCCACCUUGCUGCAGACCAACCCUCUUGUGAGGCUGGGCACAGGUGGAGCAUUUGAAGUGAAGGAGCACCCGUUCUUUACGGAGCUUGACUGGAACAGUUUGCUGCGACAGAAAGCCGAGUUCAUCCCUCACCUUGAGUCGGAGGAGGACACCAGCUACUUUGAUACACGCUCCGAUCGUUACCACCACAUCAACGCAUACGACGGGGAUGACACCAAUGAUGACGAGCCGGUGGAGAUCAGACAGUUUUCCUCCUGCUCCCCUCGAUUCAGCAAGGUGUACAGUAGCAUGGAGCAUCUCUCUCAGCUGGAGCAGAAAGCUUCAUCCUCUGUCUCUCGUCGAGAGCACAAGGGCCCAAGGGAGGACAAGGCGACCAAGAGAGAGAGCCUGGGAAGCUUCAGCAUGAGGGAGAAGAGCUGGAGGACUGGAUCACCUGAAAUGAAGCGGCUGUCUUGCUCAGAGUCACUCUACAUGGAGGGGGAUGCUAGCCCUCCCCUUGGCGCUAGGCGACGGUUCUCAGCUUUGAUGGAUACACACCGCUUCGCCUCACCUAUUGAAGGCGAGCCCGACUACCCGUCUAGGCAAGCCACUUUCAAGGUCCGCGGCACCUCCCUGGAUGGGGCUGGUGCUCCGUCCGCAAACCUCGGGGAGCCGAGGAACAGUCCAAAAGAGAUCGACGGAGCAGACAAGUCACCCAAGCAAGGGGAGACACCAGGAGUCGUGACCAUCAAUAUGUUAUCGCCAGCUCCUGCAGUUGCACGUGAUGUGAUGACGCCUCUGUACGACCCUCUGGGCCCUCGGGCCACCAACGACCUGGUCUUCCGGAAGGCACGUCACUCACAUUUGUCUGGUGAUGGAGAAAAACGUAACUCGAGACCUGGCAACAAGGUCAUCAAAUCAGCCUCGGCCACUGCCCUGUCUGUAAUCAUACCAUCUGUGGACCAGCAUGGUGGAUUCUCUCCACUGGCCAGUCCCAUGUCCCCUCACUCUUUCUCCUCCAAUCCUUCUUCCCGCGACUCUUCGCCCAGUCGAGACUUCUUCCCGACAGUCAGCGUGCUGCGCUCCCCCAUCACCAUUCAUCGCUCUGGAAAGAAAUACGGUUUCACCUUGAGGGCUAUCAGGGUUUAUAUUGGAGACAGCGAUAUCUACAGUGUGCAUCAUAUAGUCUGGCAUGUGGAGGAAGGCGGCCCCGCCCAGGAAGCUGGUCUGUGUGCAGGUGACCUCAUCACUCAUGUGAACGGAGAACCCGUCCACGGUCUGGUCCACACUGAGGUGGUAGAGCUCAUCCUCAAGAGCGGCAACAAAGUGACAGUGACAACCACACCGUUUGAGAACACCUCCAUUAAAGUGGGUCCAGCCCGCAAAGCCAGUUAUAAGUGUAAGAUGGCCCGGAGACACAAGAGGACCAUGGGCAAGGACGGACAGGACAGUAAGAAGCGAAGCUCUCUGUUCCGCAAGAUCACAAAGCAGUCAAACCUCCUGCACACCAGCCGCAGUUUGUCGUCUUUGAAUCGUUCCCUCUCCUCCAGCGAGAGUCUCCCUGGUUCACCAACUCACAGCCUCUCCGCCCGGUCUCCGACUCAGGGGUACCGCUCCUCUGCUGAGCCCUCAUAUCUGGGUGCUUCAUCUCAAAGCAGCUCUCCAGCCUCCAGCACUCCAAACUCACCCGCUCCCUCCCAACACAUGAGACCCAGUUCCCUACAUGGCCUGUCCCCCAAACUCCACCGCCAGUACCGCUCAGCUCGUUGUAAGUCUGCCGGCAACAUCCCCUUAUCGCCCCUGGCCCACACCCCAUCACCCACACAGUCUUCGCCUCCUCCCUUACCGGGACACACUGUAGGAAGUUCCAACACCACUCAGACUUUCCCAGUCAAGCUCCACUCCUCUCCCCCUGUGGUUCGCCCCAGGCCAAAGAGUGCGGAGCCCCCACGUUCGCCCCUUCUGAAGCGCGUGCAGUCGGCGGAGAAGCUUGGCUCACCUUUGACCCAGUCGAGUACAACAGGAGGACUUGGGGGUCCGUUGAGGAAGCACAGCCUUGAGGCGCAGCACUCUGAGUACCGCAAGGAUGCCUUCCUGUGUGAGCUGGGCCUCCAGAGCCUGCUAGAGACAGAUGCGGAGAGUUUACCUCCUAAUCCCCCACCCCUGCCGUGUUCCUCAUCCUCGACAGGCUCGGAGACCCGUGUGCUGAAGCCUGUGAGGAGAUUAGGCAGGCAAGAGUCACCUCUCAGCAGGGAGACUCUGCUCAUGGCUGGCAAAGAGAGGGAAGAGAAGGAGCGAGGAAGGGAGAGGGAGAAAGAAAGAGAGACCGGAAGUGAGACGGUUCUGGAGCGACUGAGCCGGUUUGAAGCUGCAGCCUCCCAGACGUCUUUAACAAGAAAACCUCAUGCAGAGCACUUGAGUUCAAGAGCGAGUGGAGAACACACAACAGCUUCAAGCACUUCUACCAAAACAGGAGAUGGGUCGGAGAAGAUCACCCAGCGCCCGACUCCAAAACAACUAGACCUCAAGGCAGCCAAAAGUGUACUGUCUGAUUGUAAAACACCUCAAGAGCACCAUAAAGGACGUGGAAGGGAACCAAAGCAGGAGGGAGACACUCACAAUGGCCCUAGUUUACUGUGUGCUGCCUUCAACAAGAACUCUGCUGCACCUCCUGACAAAAACAUCAGUACUACGCUGACUGCUAGUCCACUCACUAUGCGGAAAGUCUUUAAACCCUCUGGUAUGGGGGACGGCUUGAGAAAAACUGAGAACAGCGAUUCAAGGACUUCAGACUUAGCCUCCAGCAGCCCUAAACUGCCAGCUCGGGUCCUUCCCCCUGUCGUCCCCCCACAUGGACAGUCCCUGACUCUGAGCAAAGUAAGACAAGGUCUGGGGGCAGUCAACUGCUACAGAGGAACCCUCGACUGGGAGGACAAAUGUCGGCUGGAGGUACUAGAGGAGCAUUCUCCCUCUCCUUCUCCCUCCCCAACCGGCGUUACCCCCUCCUUGUGCGGACCCUCCCUCUGUAAGUCACGCCCCGUCUCACCCGGAGACAAGACAAGCUUUGUCAGCCAGCUGACCACCGUGGCCAAGAACGUGCUGGGCCCCAUCAAGCUGGGCUCCCAGGAGGGCUCCAAGAGCAAAGAUCCGCAGACCAAGGCAGCAGAUGAGAAGCAGGCGACCACAGCAGGAAGAUAUGACCCUCCGGCAGGAGGUCGAGGGCUGGUAGUGACCCAAAGCCCUGCAAGUUCAUCCCUGGAGAAAGCCGCCUCGGGUGGCACCCCGCCCAAAAUAUGACCCCUAAACGGAACUUGAAUUACAAACAGAAAUGCUGUUAUUGGAUGAACAAUGCAACAAAAGUCAAGCACUUAAAAAGUUGUACAUUCCAGUUUUAGAGUUUAUCAAAUCGUAUUUAUUGAUUCCAAUCAUUGACUGAUUCUACCUUCAACCAGGAUUAAGAAAAUCCACUAUAAAGGUGCAUUAACUUUUGAUUAUUUUAAUAAGAAGAUUCUUAAUGUAUUGUGGAACACUUUAUGAAAUGUCUAUAUGUGUGAGUCUACUGUAUGUGGAUGCAUGUGCUAUGGUAUGUACUAUACAUGUAUAGUAGGUCAAAAAGUGCUUUACUCAUCAAAAACUGUGAAGACCAAAUUUAGUCUCAUUGUCACACUGUCGUGUUUGCAUCAAACAGCACACAAUGAUGUGCAGGAUCAGCGAUGAGAUGAUUGCGCUCAUUUACUCUCCAUGCAGCAGUUCAUUUUGUCUGAGACGUGUGUGUGUGUGUGUGUUAGGGUCUAUUUCUGAUGGUUCUGGGUUUUGACAGAGCUGAGGCUCAGCAGUGCUUAUCACUCCCUCACAGGAGGGCCAACACCACCCUCUUCCUCUCCUCUGACUGAAGUCUUCACACACACAAACACCCAUGUAAAAACACACACAUUGCCAAAGGAGCAGCCUUGUCAGCAGCUGAUAUUGGCGCAUUCAGAUCCGUUGCCCCUGUGCUCUAUUAAAUGUGUUUACCUCAGAGCGAGAGAAAAAAACAUUGGACCCGCCCACUCUUUUUUUUAUUUUUUAAUAGUCACCUAUUUUUGGGAGGCCCUAUGAAUUUUCCUAACUUUUGCCCCCUGUACGGCGCCCCUGAGUGCACGUGCAUAUUUUCGGCGAGAAAAAAUUGCGGUCGGCAGCAAUCACAAUCACCAAACUGGAAAUAAAACAGUAAGUUACCAGAAAUGUUAACUUUUUUGUUCCUGCUGAACACAAACAGCUGCUUAUUCUUGUGAUUUGGAGCGUGCUCAUGUUAGGCAAUUUGUAUACCUAAAGUCUUAAAUUGUAUUGCUGUUGUCUGUGCUCUGUGCCGUGCUCAAGCAUGGUACACUUCCAGGUCCCCAGCUUGUCAUAUAAUCAAUGCCAUUGUUCGGUUAUUCUUGAUAGCUACUACCGGAUAAAAUAAUACAAAAGGUUCUUUUUUUCAAAAAUCAAAAUAACCAGAGUGGUAUUAAAAAAUCAAGUAAAGUAAAUAUCAUUGAUGUAGUGUACGUGCUUGGACACGGGUGAGUGCAGUGCAGCACAGUGUGAGUACACAGGAGUUGUUAACCAUGCUUCAGCACGAAUUGGCCCAGUGUGAGUGAGUGUGCCCUUAACGCAUAGAAGCAAAUACACAAAAUGAUAUGAGCACAUACCCAAAUAAUGCGCAAAAGCUGGCUAUUGCAGAUGCUGCAUACAUGCAAAAAGGGCUCAACGAAAUGUGGCAUAUGUAACAUAUAAUAGGGUUGUGUGUACCGGUAAAGAUACUGUGGUGUAAGGUAGGCAAAAUAAAAAGGUUACACGUUGCUAUCCUGUGUUAAGCCCAUGUCAGUCAGAAACAUGAUUCAUCUCCAUGCAAGUCAUAUGAACUAGCAAGUGUACAUAUAAAUUAUGCAAAUUGUUUAACUGUGCAUGUGAAAGCAGAGGUUAAAUGACCUCACCUCAGUUAGGAUGCAUUGCUAUAUGUCACUCCGCUUAAAUUUAAUUUCAUGUAAAAACAUGCAAAUACAUGAUAGACGGAAUUUGACUUAAACAGUUUGAUCUUUUAGAAAACAAGAAAAUUGCAGCUGUUAAAGGGAAAUUGCACUUAUGUAGAAACCAAAGCAGAUGUAGGGUAAAGGACAAUUUCACAGAACAAACUAAUGUGUGUUUUACUAAGCAUACAUUUUAAUCCAAGGAUUUAUUUUGUGAUCCUUCCUCAAUUAAUACACCAUGGUUUAUUCUUCAUGUUAACGUCAUCUUUUAUCUUUUUUUUUAAUGCAGUACUGAAGGUUUCAUGCAGUUUGAUGGGUUUAUCUUAAUGAUACUAUACUGACCUCUGGUGGUUCAAACUUGCUUCAUUGAACUGUGCAAUAACGCUGCAACUAAAAUAAACAAGACCCUUUAUAUUGUGUAGAACAAAUGCAGGACGACUUCACAUGCAUUUAUGUGUCUUAUGACCAAGUAUCUGCAGUAUUAAUCAAAAUCACAAUCCUUUUUUUGUUGUGUAUGCUUUUGUCGCCAUUCUUACGUGUUUCCUUUGGGAUAGGAACAAACUAUUAAUAUCGUGUAUAUGAUAAGAUAAGGUGGUUUUAUAGAGCAACAUAAUUAUGAGUAACAGGGUCAACGUAUUAAAGAAAUACAUUCAGUUUUAGGCUUUUCCCAACACGUGUCUAUACUAGUGUUACACAUUUGAGACUUUUGUCGUUUACAGAGGUAUUUAAAAGCACUUUAUUUGGGAAAAAAAACACGUCUUUAAGAGAGACCGUUACUAGCUUGAAUUUCACAAAUUACUGAAAACAUUCCACUUUUCGCUGUUCAUUGACUGUGUGUUUAUUUGUAUCUUAGAAUGAUGAUUCUGUUUGUGAUAGAUGUGAUUCAAAUGCAGACACUUGAAGUGCAGUGAGUUGGAAUAAAAUCUGGAGAGUUAUUCCCAGUUUUUGAUAUCAUGCUAUAAAUUGAUGUCAAUUUUGACAACCGAAAUGGGUGAGCAUUAACACUGUUAUUGAUAUUAAAUGCUGAU